AUGACGACUGCGGCUAGACCCACAUGGGCACCUGCUAAAGGUGGUAACGAACAAGGCGGUACUCGAAUUUUCGGCCCAUCUCAGAAAUAUUCUUCAAGGGACAUUGCAUCUCACACAACCCUAAAGCCAAGGAAGGAAGGGCAAGACACCCAUGAUGAACUGCAGAGGAGGAAUCUCCGCGAGGAGUUGGAGGAUCGUGAGAGGAGGCAUUUCUCUUCAAAGGAUAAGGCCUAUAUGGAAGACAGAGACCACCGGAGGAAGGGAGGCCAUCUUUUACUGGAAGGGACAAAGAGGGAGGUUGAAGAUCGCAUCAUUCCACGCAAUGCAGAUGCUGAUGAUGCUGAUGUGGACAUCAAAAGUGACGAUGAGAGUGAGGACGAUGACGACGAUGAUGACGAGGAUGACACAGAAGCUCUUUUAGCUGAGCUUGAACAGAUAAAGAAAGAAAGAGCUGAGGAAAAACUCCGAAACGAAAGGCAAAUGCAAGAAGAAGAGUUAAAAGCCAAAGAGGCAGAACUGUUACGAGGAAACCCUCUGAUUAAUAAUCCAACAUCCUUUAAUGUGAAACGAAGGUGGGAUGAUGAUGUGGUUUUCAAGAACCAGGCUCGUGGUGAAACCAAGACUCCCAAUCGCUUCAUCAAUGACACCAUCCGAAGUGACUUCCACCGAAAAUUUCUGCAGAAAUACAUGAAGUAACUGGACGGUUUAUGUCAAACAAUCAGAGUCAGGAAUUCUAUUAUGAGGAAAUCCAAGAAUUUCUGGAUUGUUGAUCAUUGUAUGUAGUCAGCAAUAAUAUUGAUGUGGUUGAAUUUGGCAAGAGAAGGAUUUGUAAAAUCAAGUCGAUACAUCGACACAUCUUAUUCUGUGUGAAACUGGUAAGAGCCAAUUUUAUCUUCUGAAUUAGUUUGCCCUUUGUCUUCUGCAUUUUGCCCACUUGAUGCCAUUUUUCUUUGAUACUAAGGAUUGAUGUAUUCUGUAAUUUGUCCUUGGGUUUCUGUUGUUGGCUAUUAUCUACGGAUUGAACUAAUGAAUUGCUAAAUAUGUCGACUUCCAACUUUAUGUGCAUGAGCUACUCUCUUUGACUUGUAUCUAUUAUUGCUCAACUUGUGGUAUAGAUUGUUUGAUGCAGUGAAGGAGCUGAUUUCACCAGUGCCUUGUGUCCAUAUCUUUUCCCGAUAUAGCUUGCAGAAUUUAGUGCCUGAAUCACGAUUCUCAAAUUGCAAAAGGGAUCUGAUGAGGAAUUAGACAUUUUGCAAGCGAAAAACAAAGAGGGAAGUCCAGUUGUUUAGUUGUAAAGCUAGGAUUUACUAGGUCCUGUAUAACAAAAUCGACAAAUGGGUUGAAAACUCCAGCUGCCACACUGACUCUUUAGUAUCAUUUACAACAAACUAGGCUGCUUAUGUACUGUUUCCCUUGCUGGUUACAAGAUAUACAACUCAGGUUUGACCUCA